AUGAAUAUUGUAACCUUCAACGUAAGAGGAUGUUGUAGUUCCGUGAAGAGACGGAGAAUUUCUCUAAUUAUUCAAAGAGGAAAUGCCAAUACUUUCAUGAUUCAGGAAACUAAGUGUAAUAAGAUGGAAGCUGGCACUGUUAACAGCAUGUGGAGUAUUGUCGACAAGGAUUGGUCAGCUCAGAACUCUGUUGGCAAUUCAUGUGGUAUCCUCUCCAUGUGGAAUACUACCAGAAUCUCAGCAUUAUCUAGCUUCAGUGGGAAAGGCUUCUUAGGCCUGCAUCUUGCUUGGAAUAAUCAUAACUUGGUUGUUAUCAAUGUUUAUGCUCCUUGCGAUCCAGCAAAUAAGAGAAGGUUGUGGAGAGAUUUGAUCAAUAUUAAAAGUAAUUACCCUGAUGUAGGCUGGAUUGUGGGGGGUGACUUCAAUUUGAUGAAAAACAGGGAGGAAAGACAAGGUCUUAGUGGUAAUAACAGUAGGGACAUGAAGGAGUUUAAUGAAUUCAUUGAAGAAUUUAACGUGUCGGACCUGCCGGUUUUUGGAAGUCGUUUUACUUAG